AUGGGCAUAGAUACGACUCAUGAAAGGAAAAUAGAUAAAGACACAAUUAUAACUCGAAAUUUGAAAUUAGAAAAACGUAAUCGUGGACAGAAAUCUCCUAACAAGAUAGAAGAAGAUCGCGAGCCAGAUUGGUCAUACAGUACAUUUCCCAAAGAGGUAGCAGCUCAUGUCACUCAGUUUAAGAGAAAUAUGAGCGAAUGUUUAAAAGAAGUACAAGCCAAUGAUAAAAGACCAAUUAAACGCCUCUCGCCUAAAAUGGAAUCGCCGGUGCACGCAGAAUGCCUCAUUGCUUGCGUUUUGAAGCGGAAUGGCGUGAUUAUAAACGGAAAAAUAAAUAAAGGUACUGUUUAA